GUCAGCUCUCCCCGGGAAGGAUGACAUAAGAGGAGUGAUCGGACCACAUUAUUUUUCGGAAUGGCAUCUUCAUUGGUACCACAGUCUCCUAAUUCUGCACUGCACAGUCUUUCACUGCUGAGCAAGUCCUUUCCCCAGCUCCCCAGCCCACGAAGGAGAAGACAUGGCGGGAGAGCCAGGAGCCACUGGAAUACAGCCAGCCUGACAGGGGAGGACUGGAGCUCUUACAGUCUGUCUUCAGCUGCUAGCAACAGUCUGCUGCGUUCACCCAGCGGUCUACCUACCCCAGAUGACACCAUCCACUCUCUACCAUCAUGUGUACGGAGCUCAAGCAGAGCUGUACUGACUGUGGACACCAAGACCACACAGAUUUUGAUGGCAAAUGAUAAAGCCUGCAGAAUGUUUGGGUACAGUAGUCUUGAGUUAAUUGGUACGUGCCUGUCCUUGUUGAUCCCUGCUUCCAGCCACAGAAUUUCAGAGACUCUGGAAGAGGAGCUUAUAGAGGCUGAUGGGAUUUCCAGGGUACCUGGAGAAGUGGUUGAAGCGGUGCGAAAUGGAGGCGAGGUGAUUGUGUUAUGCCUCUGGAUCCGCAGAGUGAAAAACCAAUGCCUGCUGUUUCUGGAUUCUGUACAGAUCAUCACCACGGUGUUGUCUUUUCAGCAAGAUGGUAGGAUUGUGUCCUGUGAUCCAUCUUGUGCGCAGUUAUAUGGAUAUAUGGAUCCAGAGGAGCUUUUGGGUCAACAUAUUACAGACUUAAUGCCAACCAUUCAUGUCCCUCGACAUAGAAAAGAGAUGUCACAGAGCAUUCAGCAGCAGCGGGUUGUUGGAGUGACACGGAACGGUGCGACUUUCCCUCUGAGCCUGACAUUAAUAAAUGAUUUUCCGGAUGAGACGUCUCCGGUGGAAGAAUACUAUGCCAGCCUCAGCGUCCUUUCUUCCGUCUGCGGUCUGAUCACACUGUAUCCGGAUGGUAACAUCCAGGGAAUCAAUGGAACGUUUUCACGCUCCCUUUUUGGAUAUGACCGGACACAGCUCUUAGGAAAGAACAUCACCUUUCUCAUUCCUGGAUUUUACCAUUAUAUGCGAAGUGCUGAGGAAGAGGCUUCACUUCUGUCCCCACCAGAAGAGGCACAAGUUAGAAGCAAAUCUUGCGAUGUCAUUUGUAAUGGUGCUGCUGAAAAGUCUGUACAGAAAUGCAAGUCUGAGGAUCUGCUGGUGGCUGGAGAAGCAUACCAACAUCCUGCCUGUUCUAUCGUGCUGAGCCCUUCAUCUCCCCUAUCUGCGAGGACAGUUAAUGGCUAUCAUAAAUCUUCUUAUGGAGACGAUUGUACCCCGAACUUGCCUGCAUGUUGCUUCUCACCUGGGACACCUACACAAGAUGAGCCGUGGCAGGGAGGUCAGGUGUUAGAUAAAUGCAACCUUCAUGACCUCCUUCCAAGCUUAGGUAUGGAGCUGGACUUGGCACCUCUCACCCACUGUCUGCAGAGUAUGACCUUAACAGGAAGCCACAGUCAGCAGGAAACACCCUGUGUAAGUGAUUCCCCUUCAUCUUCUACCUGUGCCUCCGAUGUGAAGAAAACACAGCCUCCUCCUAUGGACGAUACUCCACCAGUUACAGUACAGGUAGCUCCAGUACGCCCAUCAGUCACUCUUUCUAAAUGCUCUGAUCUCACCGGUAAUGCCCAUGCCCACCACGACAGCAUAGGCAUUACUCCAUCUUGUAAUUGCACUAGUACAGAACCGUGUGCAUCCUGUCUCGAUAGAUCACUUGUUAUCUCAAGUCCUCCUCCAUUAUGUCACAGUAGUCCAGUCAAUGGUAAUUCCCAACCUAAUUCACCGAAGAACUCUUCUCUGAAUACAAAGUCCCCCACGCAUGAUUCCUCACUUUUAGCCAAUGUUCUGUAUCCUGAACAUAAUGAAGUAAGUGCUGGUAAUGAUGUCCCAUCCACUACCGAACAUGUACCUGCCAACCACUCACUCCUGAGAGCACGUCCUUCUAGGAACUCAUCCCCAGAGCAAGUUUCUUAUGACUCCUCCAGCAUAUCACCAGGACAAGCCUCGGGCCAGGAUGAAGAUGUGCAGCUUUCAAGGAAGGAGUUUUCCCAUGCAACAUCUACACCUGUUAGAAAUGGCUCUGUCCGAUCAUCUAUGGUGAUUCCAUACGCCAAGACUCUGGAUCUUCCAUCUCAGUAUGUCAGCUCUGAAAUUAAAGAGGGAAGUUUCACUGGAAGCUGCUAUCACCGGGAUGGCUCCAGACUCUAUAUUCCGUUUGAAGUGCAUGCUGUGUGCUCCUCUGGCUUGCCGUUAUUCAAUGUUUGGCUUUCUAAAGACAUGAUGCAGGGACAGAGAGAAGCCAUUGCCAGAACUCGACUUCUGCUGUCCAGUUUGGCUAGUUCAUCUCAGUCUCUUCUGGAGCAGUCUGAGCGCAGCCUUGGUGAGUUGAUCCGCAGCAAUGCUGAAGCUGGACAUUGCACAGAAAUACAAGAUCUUCAGACGCUGGGUGCCUGUGAUGGUCACUAUGAAGAGCAAUACGAGACUCUGUUCCCUCUCGGUAAAGGAGCAUUUGGUUUUGUGUGGUCUGCAAAACACAAGGAAGAUGCAAAGGAGGUUGUAGUGAAAUUUAUCCGUAAGGAUCGGGUGCUAGAUGACUGCUGGGUUCAGGACCCUGAAAUUGGGAGGGUAACACAAGAAAUCGCUAUUCUGUCCAGGUUGCAGCACCCCAAUAUUAUCAGGGUCCUUGGGGUCUUUGAGAAUGACAAGUUCUUUCAGCUAGUGAUGGAACUACAUGGAGACGCCCUUGACCUUUUUGAUUUCAUUGACAAUCAGCCGAAUUUAGAUGAACCUCUGGCCAGUUACAUCUUCCGACAGUUGGUGUCGGCAGUCGGCUAUCUUCAUAGUCACUACAUUUUACAUCGUGACAUUAAGGAUGAAAAUAUUAUCAUUGCUCCUGACUUCACGAUAAAGCUGGUCGACUUUGGUUCUGCUGCUCGUUUGCAACCCGGAAAAUUGUUCUCUACGUUCUGUGGCACCACUGAAUAUUGCGCACCAGAAGUUCUGCUCGGCAAUCCGUAUCCAGGUCCAGAGCUGGAAAUGUGGUCUCUUGGAGUGACUCUGUACACAUUGAUAUUUGGAGAGAAUCCUUUUUGUGAAGUUGAGGAGAUCCUUGAGGCAGAUCUGAGCCCUCCAUUCUCUGUAUCUCAAGAGUUACAAGAUCUUAUCUCUGGCCUCCUUCACCGUGACCCAGAGAUGCGUAUGACUCUGGAUGAACUCCUCAGGGACCUUUGGGUGACGCAGCCUGUCAACCUCGCAGAGUAUACCUGGGAGGAGGUCUAUCCACCAGCAUGCACCCAAGCAGAUGAAGGAUUGAAACCGAUUCCCGUCAGCCAUAGCUCUGAUUGGAAUGGAGAAGGUGGAAAAGAAGCAGAGUGACUAUGUCUCCAGAUGAAGAAAACACAACUUGCACUUGUCACUGUGGCAUAAAGAUGGACAAAGGGUUUAAGACUAUACCCAGAAGUCAUUGUGCUAUUCCACCCCAUCACAAGAACAGACAAUCUGAAGGAAUCAGCCCGCCAUCUAGUCACCAGCACUACAUCGGCGUUAGUUACCAGUGUUAGCGGCCGUUCGCUGCUGCAGCAAUUCAUGGCAGUCCAAUGGCCUCAAGGUGUUUGUGCUUCAUUCAGUGGAACAGAAUUAAAGUGCGCCAAAUGAAGGAUUUCAUCAUUUCAAUUUGGAAAAGUGAGAAAUCGGUGACUCCAAUUGUAGAGACUUUUGCAGUCAUGGUUUUCCGAAUAGGACUCGGUUGGCUGGAGUGAUUCGCUUUGGUACUACAUAGGACCCUAUUGAUGACCCUUUAUUCUGCACUUGAGUUUUUUUUUUCACUUGUUGCUGCUAAGUGGAGGAAACAACACUUGCAAGGACUUUCUCCGUUGUUUAUUUUAAAUAUACAGUAAAAAUAUGAAUAAACCACCGUGUAGGUGCCAAGCCUUUGUUCGCUCUAAGGCCCAAAUGCCAUAAUAUACAUAAUAUAUUGUCCCUAGUAUUUCAGAAUUCUGAAUGAAAGCUGUAUUGGAGCUGACAAGCAUGCUGUACAGUAUAUCUGCAGAAUUUGUGGUUUCUGACUUUAUAAAGUACUGGCUCUUGCUCAUUGCCAACAAAGUGGGUGCUAAGAUUUUGCAGGGGCGGCUAAUGUGAAAUGUGGUGCCAAAUUUUGUAGACUGGGCAAUAUAUCCUUGAUUUGUUGACUUUAGGUAUUUCAUGUAUGUUUUUUUAAUUCCCGUAUGAAAAGCUGUCUCUAUUUUUAGGUGUUUUUUAUAUUUUUUUAGGCCUGGUGAGCUGUUGUUAACCUUGGUUUUAUACCUUAGCACUCCUCAGUAAUCACUCCCAUACGUUUUACCUGAUCUUACCCAGGCUCCAUGUGCAGUUUAUCCAGAGCGUGUUCCACCAGGGUAGACUGACCCUGUGAUCCUCAUGACCAUGACCACGCCAGCUGUUUGUAUGAAAAAAACUAUUUUAAUGGUAAUAUGUACAUGGUCGUAACACGGCCAGUGGGCAUUCAGAACCAGAUUUUCCUUAGUGCUCAUAUGGUUGAUAUACGAACACGUGCAUUAGCCAUAAAACCGUUUUUUUUUUUUUUUUUAAUUUAAAAAAAUUUAUGGCACAAAAUCACGCUUUGUUCCCAAAUGUGGCCCAUUUUUUGUCACACAAUGGGGAAGAUUCGCUAAUCCUAUAGUUGGUGUAAACUUAGACUGUCUAGACCUGCAUCGGAUUUAUCGCCGUGCCUCAUGGUAGAUGUUACCUUUAGUGCAUGGCUAGACACUUUUUUCUAACUUUAUACCAAAGUUUGGUUGACUUACUUGGCAAUAGAAUGCCAUGUGUGAAUUGUGGCACAAGUUUGGUCCAUCUUAGGCCACAUACCUUUUCCAUUAAGCCAUGCCUCAUUUUUAGGCUUGGUGCAGACAAUCUUUUUAAACCUAGAUGUUCCACAAUUUGGUGCAAUUUACGCCAAACUCUAUGUGCACUCCCAUGAAUAAAUGUGGGCCAGUGUCGCAUCUCAGAUUUAUUAACUGAAUCCUCCAAAUAUAAUGGUUUUUCCACCCACAAAUUGGUGUGCCAGUCUAUCUUGGUGAUAGUAAUUUAUUUAAGGUUUUUGGUGCAAACUUCUGUCUAUACAAACUUGGCUUUGGCUCACAGGAGUAUCAGUGCCUUCUCAAACAGUUAAUUGGCGGAGGUCCCAGGGGGCUGGACAGCCACUGAUCAGAUAGUGAUGACCUGUCCUGAGGAUUGGUCAUAAGUAUAAAAAUCUCGGAAAAUCCUUUUAACUCUAUCACACAGCAAGUGCCAUUGUGGUUGUGCAUCUUGUGACUACAUGGACUUACGGUAGUUUACUCUGUCUAAAUAUUAGACUGUAUUAGUAAAUGUGGACCACUGGGUCUAAAGGAAAUAAUUGUAAGUUCUCUCUCCCCACCUUAGGCCAGUAUCAGAAGAGCGUGAAACAGGCUCCGUGUGAGAACGAGAAUUCCUGUAGUGAACUCUGCGACAUUGACUGAACCCUAUGGCAUUUUAAUGAUUUAUAAUGCUGUGUGUCUCUGCCUGACUUCAAUUGGUAUUCACAUAAUGGCAUCAGUACAAAUUAUUACAGUUCAGGUCGGGCAGAGACACACAGCAUUAUAAAUCAUUAAAAUGCUGUGGGUCCAUGUCAUAAGAGCAGAGCUCACAGUGAACAUGCUCAUCUGAAACUGGCCAUACAGUGUGCAGCUAGGGGAGCCAGUUCUUCCUAAAUUGAAGAGAUAAUAUGCAGUCAUGUACUAUCAUUCUGGACAAUCUGUGUAUAGUCAAGAUCACCUAUGAAACUGACUGACCUCUUACAUGUGAACUUGGCAGCUGAAGGCAUCUGUGUUUGUCCCAUGU